AGAGCUCACCUUCAGAUCGGUCCGAGACGGCUUCUGGGACGUCCCCAAGCUGUGACCAGGGCGCCGUGUGGGGCCAGCGUCACCUUCAGUCUCUCCAGGGCUGCGUGGGACCUGGGCAGCAUGGCACCCUCCAGCCAGUCAGUGGAGAAGCCGGUGGCCCUGGAGCCCCAGCCGGAGCCCGGACCAGAGGCCGGGCCAGGCCACGAGCUUCAGUCCUGGCAGUGCCUGGUGUUCUUUCUCUGCUUCUACGGCUUCAUGGCCCAGAUGCGGCCCGGAGAGAGCUUCAUCACCCCCUACCUCCUGGGCCCUGACAAGAACUUCACACGGAAGCAGGUCACCAACGAGAUCACGCCGGUGCUAUCCUACUCCUACCUGGCAGUGCUGGUGCCCAUGUUCCUGCUGACGGACUACCUGCGCUACAAGCCAGUGCUGCUCCUGCAGAGCCUGAGCUACAUUUCUGUGUGGCUGCUGCUGCUCUUCGGCCACUCUGUGCUGCACAUGCAGUUCAUGGAGUUCUUCUUCAGCCUUACCAUGGCUGCCCGCAUCGCCUAUUCCUCCUACAUCUUCUCUCUCGUGCAGCCUGCCCACUAUCAGCGUAUGGCUGGCUACUCGAGGGCUGCAGUGCUGCUGGGCGUCUUCACCAGCUCCGUGCUGGGCCAGCUGCUCGUCACUGUGGGGAGAGUCUCUUUCACCAUGCUCAACUACAUCUCACUGGCCUUCCUCACCUUCACCCUCAUCCUCACGAUUUUCCUGAAGCGCCCCAAGCGCAGCCUCUUUUUCAACAACAGUGAGUCUGUACACAGCGGGGCCUCGCCCUCCGAGCUGGCCCAGAUGCACCCAGGACCUGGCUGGCCCGCAGGAAGAAAGCUUGGCCGGACACUGCUGGCAGCCUGGUGGGACUGUACCCUUGUGCGCAUGCUUCGGGAGCUGGGGAACAGCCUGCGGCUGCCACAGCUACGUCUCUGGUCCCUCUGGUGGGUCUUUAACUCGGCUGGCUACUACCUAAUCGUCUACUAUGUGCACAUCCUGUGGAAUGUUGUUGAGCCCACCACAGACAGCACCAAGGUCUACAAUGGUGGGGUGGACGCCGCCUCUACUCUGCUAGGUGCCAUCACCGCCUUUGCGGCAGGCUUUGUGAAGAUCCGCUGGGCCCUGUGGGCAAAGCUAGUCAUUGGAGUCUUGACAGCAUUCCAGGCUGGGCUGGUCUUCCUCAUGCACCGCACGACCAGCAUCAGCCUGUGCUACGUGGCCUUUGUGCUCUUCCGCGGCACCUACCAGUUCAUGGUACCCAUCGCCAUUUUUCAGAUCGCGUCUUCUCUUUCUAAGGAGCUCUGUGCCCUGGUCUUCGGAGUCAACACAUUCCUCGCCACCAUUCUCAAGACCAUCAUCACCCUCAUCGUUUCUGACAAGCGGGGCCUUGGCCUUCCCGUCCGCUCUCAGUUCCUCGUCUACUUUGUGUACUUCGUGGUGCUGUCCGUUAUCUACUUCUUGGGGGCUGCGCUGGAGAUCCUGUGGCACUCCCACCAGGACCGCCACCAGCCCCUGCCCCUGGCCCAGGAGCUGAGUAGCCCCUUGAAGGAGAAGGCUGUCCCGGCGUUGGACCAGGAGGAUGGGGUCCUCAGCAACGUGCAGCCUGAAGCCACUGCCCUGGCCCCGGAGGACAGUGCGUGGACUGAAGGGCCAGUCUCGAGGGAGCUGCCUGAGGCCAAGGCCUGAGCUGGCCUGCUUUGUCUGCCCAACCCAGUGGGUGGCCAGAUUCCUGACAUCAGAAGCCACCUGCUCUGCAUCCUCCAACAUUCUCACUGAGCCUGGAGCCUUGACAUCUGAAAGCUGUCACGUCGUGAGCAGGUUGCCCCUCCUCUCUCUUGGAAUCAAGAAGAUGGGUUUCUGGCGUUGUUUGAAUUCCAUUGUUCAGAUUACGCAACCAAUGACCAAUGGGGCCCCUGUGUGGUCUACCCUUGUGACACACACCCUGAGGGCCACCUGCCUCAGCCAGAGGAGCCUUUGCUUACCCUGCAGUGUCCCCGGGCCCUGAGCCUCUCAGGCUUCACAUUCUGACUGUGCUCCGUAGCCUGCUGGGGACACUGGCAGCUGCAAGACCACUGAGGGUUGGGUUGUGUCUCCUGCCUGCACAUGGCUGGUGGUACAGUUCCAUGUGCCCACCAGGCUGGCCCACCUUCAUCCCCCUUGGGAGGCAGAUCCCACUUGUUCCUAGGUACCGGUCAAGUGACCCCCGAUGCCAGCCCAGGGGACACCAGCCCCGUGUAGGAUGCCAUGGGCCUUGUAGGGAGGGGUGGUAUCCCAGAUUCCCAGGGCCCAUGGCUAAGUGACAUUUCUAGACGUCCAGGUACCAGAAUGUUA